GGUGUGGCUGAGUUGUUAUCUGCCUGGUAGAUAGAGCUGCAUUGAAGGCAUCCUUCGUUUCCUAUUUUACUCCACUGCCAAAAGAACUCUGGCAUCAGGUUGUGCAACCUAUUCCUUUUGUGAGGAAAACACCCCCUGCAGGGAGCUCGGAGUUAGAAAACGCCAAGCUAUGGAACACUCUGAGCACUAAUAUCAUGCGCUGGCCUCAUUGGCUAAGAAGUGGAAGUCGCGUCCAAUCCGAAGCCGGGAAAACUCAUAGCGUUUCAGCUUUGCUUGUGCAGCUCGGAGCUCUGGAUCAGUCAGGGAGAGUCUCACCUAGAGGCUGUUGUAUGUUAUGUACUGAGUGACUAUGCGCCCUGUCUAACUGAGAAGCCCUUUCCACUGCUCUGCCAUCCAUGUGAAGCACACUGGAAACUUGCUCUUGUCUCCAUACAAGGAAUAUUCCACUGUACUGAGACCCAGUCACUUCAUGAGCAAUUAAUGAGCUGGAACGACCCAUAACAACCUUAUACAUGCCUUUGGAAAUGGAUCAGAAGGUUAACAAGCUUACAUUUGGGUGUCAGCGAAGUUCCACUUCAGAUGAUGACUCUGGUUGUGCCAUGGAAGAAUACACAUGGGUUCCUCCAGGUCUUCGGCUCGAACAGGUCCAGUUAUACUUCGCUUGCCUGCCUGAAGAGAAAAUCCCCUAUGUAAAUAGUGUUGGUGAGAAAUAUAGGAUCAAACAACUCUUGUACCAACUUCCUCCACAUGACAAUGAGGUGCGAUAUUGUCAGUCAUUGAGUGAAGAAGAGAAGAAGGAAUUACAGAUGUUUAGUGCACAACGCAAAAAGGAGGCCCUUGGCAGAGGAAAUAUUAAAAUGUUAUCACGGGCUGUGAUGCAUGCGACGUGUGAAAAGUGCGGAGAGAAGAUUAAUGGAGGUGAAGUCGCAAUUUUUGUUUCAAGAGCUGGCCCGGGGGUGUGCUGGCACCCAUCAUGCUUUGUUUGUUCUACAUGUAAUGAGUUACUUGUUGAUCUAAUCUACUUCUACCAAGAUGGAAAAAUACACUGCGGAAGGCACCAUGCGGAACUACUUAAGCCAAGAUGCUCAGCUUGCGAUGAGAUAAUAUUUGCAGAUGAGUGCACUGAAGCUGAAGGUCGCCACUGGCACAUGAACCAUUUCUGUUGCUACGAGUGUGAAACCGUGCUCGGGGGCCAGAGAUACAUCAUGAAAGAUGGUCGCCCAUUUUGCUGCGGUUGCUUUGAAUCUCAUUACGCAGAGUACUGUGAAUCCUGUGGGGAACAUAUAGGAGUGGAUCACGCACAAAUGACCUACGAUGGGCAACACUGGCAUGCUACAGAGACAUGUUUUUCUUGUGCGCAGUGUAAAGUUUCUCUUUUGGGUUGCCCUUUCUUGCCCAAAAAGGGGCGGAUUUAUUGCUGCAAGGCAUGCAGUUUGGGAGAGGAUGUGCAUGCAUCGGACUCUUCUGACUCGGCCUUUCAGUCUGCAAGAUCAAGAGAAUCCAGAAGAAGUGUACGGAUGGGCAAGAGUAGUAGAUCUGCAGAUCAGUGUAGACAAUCUCUGCUAUUAUCUCCUGCUGUAAAUUACAAGUUCCCAGGAAUGUUUGGCAAUGCUGACGAUACUCUGUCUAGGAAGAUGGAUGAUCUCAGUAUGUCAAGGCAGGGAGCAGGUUUUGAUAAUGACACUUGGAAAGCAAGAGAUGAGCAGGAGACUGCAGAGGACCACGAAGAAUGGGCUGAACAUGAUGAUUACAUGACUCAGUUGCUUCUUAAAUUUGGAGAAAAGGGUCUGUUUCAGCAGCCACCUGAGGAUAACAGAUCUAAUGAUCACUGGAUGUCUGAGAAUAUUAAAGGCAAAAAUGAUUUACAAAGGAACAACCGUAAUCAAAGUUUAGCCAGUAAAAAAUAUCAGAGUGACAUGUACUGGGCCCAGUCCCAGGAUGGACUUGGAGAUUCUGCAUAUGGGAGCCACCCUGGUCCUGCUAGCAGCCGAAAGCUACAAGAACUGGAUAUGGAUCACGGAGCUUCAGGUUACAUGCAUGAGAAGAUGCCAUGGUAUAAACGUUCCUUGGAAUGUUUGUCAAAUAAUCUGAAACCGCAGAAUGAGAACAUCUGUGACUCUAUGGAUUCUUUAGCACUGUCUAAUAUAACAGGAGCAUCUGUGGAUGCAGAGAGCAAGUCACGGCCUUCGCUAUUUUCCUACCAGAAUUUUCAAGAACUGAAUACCAGGGAUUUUGAUAAAAUGAGCAAUAUGGGAACUCUUAAUUCAUCCAUGUUGAACAGAAGCACAGAGUCUCUGAAAAGUUUAAAUUCUGAGAUUUGCCAGGAAAAGCCACCUCCAGAGGAAAAGCCAAUGCACACGUCUGCACUCAAAAGGUCUAAAUCCCAAACAAGACCUCAGGUCAAAUUUUCAGAUGACGUCAUUGAUAAUGGAGACUACAGCAGCAUAGAAAUCCGUCGGCCGCCCAUGAGUGAAAGGAGUCGGAGAAGGGUUUACAACUCUGAAGAGCAAAGCCAGAGGCCUCAUCAUCAUCAUCAUCACCGGCGACGGAAAAGCAGGAAAUCACGUUCUGAAAAUGCACUUCAUCUUGCGACUGAUAGCAAGUCGUCUGGGAAAGAAAGGAAACGAUCUUACACGGCAGAGGAUUAUGAGAGACUUUUUCAUAAUAAAUCUGCUCACGAGGUCCAGGCGUAUAUUCAAAAUGCUGACCUCUUUGGACAAUACUCAAAUGCUGCUUCUAAUGUUGGACUGCCCAGCCAAGUUGUGGAUAAAUUCCUUGGGUUAUACGGUGAAGAUGAAGAUUCUUGGUGUUCAACCUGUUCCUCAUCCUCUUCUGAUUCUGAAGAGGAAGGCUAUUUUCUUGGCCAGCCUAUUCCUAAGCCCCGGCCACAGAGAUAUCAGUAUUUUUCCGAUGACUUAUGUAGUCCAACAAAUGCACUAUCCAGUUCUCAGUUUAGUCAAAGGACCUCUAAAUCCAAGAAGAAAAAGGGGCACAAAGGCAAAAACUGCAUUAUUUCCUAAGAAUUUUGUUUGCCGGAUCAUUCCUGAUCAUUUAAAUUCCUAUGAAAACUGUGUAUUUACAUCAUCAGCCCAAAACAGAACAAAAAGUUUUUUUUUCUUUUUUGUACUUUAUCCAUUUGUGAAAUGCGUUUGCCAAUGUGUCAAACAAAUCCCGGUGGUGUUUACAAUGAAAAUCAGAUUUAAGGCGUUGGGUCACAGGUUUACAUUAAGGCUUGAUGUUUUAUUCCAUAGGGCACAGUUCUGUAGUGAACAUUAGUCUUGCCAGCAUAUGAUUUCCAUUUUGCAGAAGACCCCACUACUUGUGUCCACUGUUGACUCAAAUGACAAAUUCCUUAAUUCACUUUCUUUUUUUUAUAUUGUUCUAGUGUUUGUAAUUCAGCGUCUGAAUUUACACAUCAGUAUGGUUUAUUUUCCCUUGAUUUAUAUUAAUUUGCUUGGAAUAUUGGACUGAUUUCCACAUGCAUUGUUGGCAAUCUGAUUUUACUUAUCUUAAACACUUAGGGGGUUAUAUAUCAAAAUCUGAUUUUUUUUUUCUGAUUUUUUAAGUAAAAAAAAUUCCGACAAAACUAGAAUCCACAAUUUGACCUUAUGUAUUACUGAAAAAACUCAAUAAAAUCGGUUCAGAAUAAAACUAGAAAAAUACGGGGUUUUUGCGAAAAAUAUACACUACUUUUUUGGGUUUUAUGCCCGAAACAUUUUUUUCCCCCCUGAAAUCACUCAAGAACCCCGAUUUUUUUUCAGAUUUUUGAACGAAACUCAGGGCAGACCAUGAUAUCUUCAAAUUUUAAACGAGACCUUUGCCAUUGACUUCUACAGGACCCCGACUUACAGCUUGGAGUUGGAGUAUUUUCGGAUUCAGACUUUUAGCAGCCUUGGGGGAAAAUAAAUCGCGAAAAAUUCUAGGUUUUUUUUUCCACUAAAAAUUCAAAUUUUAUAGUAAAAAAAAACGAUUUUUUUUCGAAUUUUUGGCAUUCGGACUUUAAUAAAUAACUUUGUGUAGACUUGUAGACAGCCCACUCUCUCCCAGCAUCUUUCGAUUGAAUCACCUAGUACACAUUUAUUCUGAUAAAGAAGCUUAGAACUAAAUAGUAAGUCAAGCAAGAUUCUUUAUCUGCAGGACAAGUUUUAAGUCCCCCAGGUGACAUGGAAGGUUCCAUUUCUUUUGUGGUGCUCAGACUUAUUGCUCAGAUCUCUGCAAAGUGUCCAUUUUUGCACACAGGUUGUGAUGUUUGGCCUAUUGCUAUGCACAUGCAGAUGGUAAACAUUAAGGACAAUGGCACACGGGAGGAUUCCGAGCAUUUGGUUCCCGCCCACUAAUCACUGCAGGAACAAACCACUUGGAAUCUGCCCUUGUGCCAUUGCCUUAAUCAUCUUUGAAUAUAGUAUUUCCUAGAGAACCUUUACACCAAGCUAAAUGUAGUAUAUCUUGCUGCAAGUUAUUUAUAAUGUAGCCUUUUAAAUAAAUCCAGCUCUAAUUUAAUUGUUCAAAUAAUAAUUGUAUAUAUUGUAUAUGUUAAAUGCAGAAGCUGUUAUUUUUAUAUUGCGCAUCUAGAAGAUAUCACUGACAAAAGGCCUCUCCGUAAGAUUUCUCUUUGCUGUUUUUCAGUGUCCGGCGUUUUUACGUGAAGCUGUCACAUUUUUGCAGUAUAUGAUAAUCCUGGAUAUGCUCCCUUGUUUCUGCUUGUUUUCUGGAGAGGCAAUGGUGUAAAUACAAAAUCCCACAAGGAAUAGCUCCAGGUUAAUUUAUGGCUCAAAGUGAACGGGAAAACCCUUAAUUUUAUUGGAUGAACCAUAGUCCGAGCUUAUUCCUUUUAAACCCUUAUGUUUAGGUGACUCGUGCAUUUGUAUCGUUCCAGUAUUUCUAAAACACUGAGUCCGUUCUCUGAAUUAAAAUAAAACCGUGCUUUUAAUCA